UAGCUCCCUAGAUAAUAGAAUAGACCAUGAUCAGAACAUCCAUACGUAGGAUUUCCAACAAAUCCAUACCCUACGAACCAGUUCCUAAAAACAAGUACAAUGCCCAAAGAUCGCAAUUUAAUUUCAAACCGCAAAAGACCUCGGGGUUAGUUCAUAAUCCUCCAGCAGCAAUUAUUAAACCAUACAUGCAAACCCCCAACAUAUUCUUGCCAGCCAACGAUCCAAGACGUCAUUUCAACACUGCUCCUUCCCAGAAUUUCACUCAGCAAGACCUUGAAUAUAUGCCAGUUCUCAAAGAAUACAAACCCCAGGGCCAAAGAGAUUAUAGCAUUACUGCUGAGACGAUUGAUGCUAUUAAGAAGUUAAAAGAGAGUGAUCCUGAAAACUGGACCCUUAGUAAACUCAGUAAAGAGUUCAAUAUAGAAGCAAGAAAACUUGUGCACUUCCUUAGACCAGAUAAGAAGGAGAAGAUUAGUGAACACAAGAUACUUUCUGAAAGAGCAAGAAGAAAAGAAUUAUGGUUAAGAAACGAAUACUAGAACUGCCAUAACAUGCAUGUACAUAAACCUCAAGCAUAGUCUGUAAAUAGUUUAUAAUACUAGAGUAUUGAGU